GGGCCUCUCGUCGUCGAAAGAAGAAUUCAAAGUUAACAAGUAACAAGUUAAAAGUUACGAGCGGAAAAUGCACCAAGAAAAAAUCCAUGGAAGUAGCAAUGAUGUCGGAUCGUCUAUGGCAACAUCUGACAUGCUCUAGUCAAAUGAUUCCAACAGGAGACAAAUUCAUUGAAAAUACACCAAACGGUCUCCUCCAAGACCUGAUGCCACACCAAAAAGAAGGUCUCAAUUGGUUAAUUUGGCGAGAAAAUGAACAACACCCCGAGGAAUUCUAGCUGAUGAGAUGGGUUUGGGAAAGACAAGAAUGAUGAUCGCUCUAAUUGUAUGAAAGAAAAUGGAAUUUAAAAAACGAAAUGAAACACCUACGACGGCGAAUUUUUGAACUUACACUUAUGACGAUUCUGUGAAAAAAACGCUGCUACCAAACACGGGCUUUACCCGUCAAAAAACACACUCAUCAUUGUGCUCCCAAUGUUGAUAAAUCAUUGGACCGCAGAAAUUUGUUGGAGCUGAUGUUGUGACCACUUUUGUUUAUCCUGGAAAGAAGAAUGGACAAUUGGCACAGGAGAGCCUUGGAUAUUUCGGCAUCGUGCUGACAACUUACCGUCAGGUUUCCAAUGAGCUUAUGAGGAAGGGAGGAGGAUCAAGGAAUAAGGAUGAUGACAAUGGAUCAGAAAUCUACACAAAUCACAACAAGUAUGUUGCUAACGAAGAUUCUCUACUCGCUCGUAUUGCAAGGUCGCGAAUCAUCCUUGAAAAAGCUCACUUCACAAAAACCGAUAUUCACAAAUAUCUCAAGCUGUUUGUGGUCUAUCGGUUUUCUCGACAGCAUAUUCUGGCAGAGAACGGCAGAGAACACGGAACUCCUGAGUGGGUCAAUCUAGUCUUAAAGUGCUCUCUUCUCCAUUCAUCAGUGUGGCGUUCCCAAUAAGGAAAUUUGAAAGAACUGAAUAAUGAUGUUCACAAACUGCAAAUGGAAGGACAUGAAGCAUCUGCAUAUGCUUUGUUGAAAAACACUGCGUGGAAAUUUUUCAAAAAGAGCUAUGGAAAUGAGAUCGCCAAUCCAUUUAAUGUAGGACAACGGGUCCUGAGCCAAAGUAACGAUUUUUGGAAUUUUCCUCAUUUCUUGGUACUCUUGACCCAUCUUCGUCAAAUGUGUGUGCACUUUCGUUUAGCAAAAAAUGGAUUAGAUUGGAAGGCGUUUGUGAAUAAAAAUGGAAAAAUUGAGGAAAAAGACGUGACAACAACGGAUACUCAAAUAGAAGACACAGUUGCUCAAAUGAAUACGACAGAGUUUGAAGUGGACGGGGAACAUAAUCAAGACAGAACAUAA